AUGAAGUUCACCGUCAGCAUCUCCUCCCUGGUCUUUGCAGCUGUAUCCUCAGCGGUGGCUGUCCAAGCCGCCUCGCCCAUUGCUCGUUCCGCCAACGCAUUAUCCAUCAUAUUCUACGACGACAUCAACUUUGUCGGCAACACCUACUCUCCUACUAAUGCCCAACCCGACACUUGCAUCGACCUCCCCUCCUCUUGGAGAAACAGAGCUGAAAGUAUGAGCGUCGGCUCUGGGUAUACUUGUACUUUCUAUGGCUUCACUGGCUGCCAGGGUGCCGGAAGGGUCCAGGCUGGUCGUGUUGCGACGCUUCCCACGACUGGUAACCCCGUCCUUUACCAAAACAUUGAAUCUUUCGAAUGCACAAGUUUCUGA